CUUCUCCUCCUCCUCUUCCUUCCCUUCUUAAAUCACCCCAUCCUUUGUGGAAAAACCGGAGGCAUCCGCCGUCAGGAGUUCAGUCUGUGCAAGAGGUCGGCUUUUGAACCUUGGCCCGGAACUCAUCUCUGGGAAAUAGGCCUCCCGAGCUUGAAUACCGCAACGUCAAUUUUGUCAGUGGCAGGACAAAUAAAAAAAGGAGAAGGAAGACAGAGAUGAAUCCUAGACGCUGCUGUUCGGUGAAAUCACAACACCGCGCACACGCCAAAUCCUAACUGCGGGACACGCAACUUCAUUGCUCAGAAAAAGGCGGGCCCGGGGGGCCUUGGAGGAGGGGGAGCACAAGUCGCUGUCCAUCAAUCCACCAUAACGCAAUGCAGGGGCUGAUGUGGAGCCUGUGCGCUCUGCUCUGCCUCUCCCUGUGGGGAGGAAGUUCCUGCGGUAACUCCAGGGAAACCCGGAGGACCAAAGAGGCGUCUCUUCACAGGAGUAAAAGAGCUCUCGCCGAUCCCGAUGGCAAAAAGUGCUCCUACACCUUCCUAGUGCCUGAGCAGAAAAUUACAGGUCCAAUCUGUGCCAGCUCCACAGGCCCCGAGCCAAACAAGGACGCAGUGACCCGCAUGGACCUCGCAGACGUGCGGGAGGUGCUGAGCAAACAGCGGCGCGAGAUCGACACGCUGCAGCUGGUGGUGGACGUGGACGGCAACCUGGUGAACGAGAUGAAACUGCUGAGGAAAGAAAGCAGGAACAUGAACUCCAGGGUGACCCAGCUUUACAUGCAGCUGCUGCAUGAGAUCAUCAGGAAGCGGGACAACUCCCUGGAGCUGGCCCAGCUGGAGAACCGCGUCCUCAACGUGACCUCCGAGAUGAUACGACUCAACUCCAGGUACAGGGAGCUGGAGGCCCGCUUCGCCACCAUGGCCGGGGUGGUCAACAACCAGUCCGUUCUCAUCUCAGCCUUGGAAGAACAAUGCCUGAGGCCCGUGGGGCGCAGCGAUCUACCUGCCAUGCCGCCGCUGGUUCAGGUGGUGCCGCAGACCAUACCGGUAAACAACCGCUUCACCAACGAAAUACAGCGGGACCACAACAACAGGGCGUUUUCGCGAGGAUCUCGCACAAACUCGCCCACUCCGAGCCCCCUUGGAAUUGAACCUCCGCCGCCACAGGGAACGCUCACUUCUGACGGUCCAUUCAAGGACUGUUUCCAGGUGCGGAAAGCCGGUCACACCACGAGCGGGAUGUACCUGCUCAAGACUGAUGGCAGCGAGCGGCUGAUUCAAGUUUGGUGCGAGCACGGCCUCGACAACGGCGGCUGGACCGUGUUGCAGAGGAGGCGGGACGGCUCUGUAAAUUUCUUUCGCAACUGGGAGAACUACAAGAGAGGCUUUGGCAACAUUGACGGCGAACACUGGCUUGGGCUGGAGAACAUUUACAACCUGGGCAAGCAGGGUGACUACAAACUUAUGGUGGAGCUGGAGGACUGGAACGGCAAGAAGGUGUACGCAGAGUACAGCAGCUUCCGCCUGGAGCCCGAGAGCGAGGGCUACCGCCUGAGACUGGGCGCCUACCAGGGCAACGCCGGUGACUCCUUCACCAGCCACAACGGCAAACAAUUCACCACGCUGGACCGAGACAAGGAUGCCUUCUCAGGCAACUGUGCCCACUUCCACAAGGGCGGCUGGUGGUACAACGCAUGUGGCCAGACCAACCUGAACGGCGUGUGGUACAGCGGCGGAGUUUACCGCAGCAAAUUUCAAGACGGGAUCUUCUGGGCCGAAUACGGAGGGGGGUUCUACUCACUCAAGUCCGUGUGCCUGAUGAUCCGACCCAUUGACUAGAUCCUCGCCAUGGUGGCUACUAUUUUAUUUUACGCAAAUCAAAAAAUGCAUCCCUGAAUACACACUGUAGAAGUACAAGGAUAAAAGACAUUUGAGAAGAGAAGGAGGAAUAAACGACGGCAUAUGUUUUUGCAAGGACUGAUGGACUCCAAGCAGCUCAAAUGCCGAAAAGAAUAGAAACUGUUCAUGAAGGCCAAGUCGGAAAAAAGAAAAUCCAAAUUGUUUCAGUUGAGCCAUGCAGCAUGAAUCCAGCUUAUGGCUCCUGGGACAAUCAAUAUUACUCCCAUGUGACACAGUUGACUUCUUGGGGAAAGAGGGAAUGGUCUUUUUUUUUUGGUACUUAAGUAGAUAGCUCUCAGGAGCAGCUUACGGUCAACAUCGGAAGUAAUUAUGUUCAUAUGGAAGACUAAAGAAUAAACUUUGUUGUUAAUUUGAGUGCCACGCUACAUUUUUAGGGAUCCCUGGCACUGAAAUGCGCAGGCGUGUAAAUACCUAUGGCCUUUGCUUGUGAGAGUUUAACUUAAAUGUGAUUCUACUCAGGCCCAAAAAAUUCACAAAGCCACUUUUGCGACGUGCAUUUUUUUCCCCUUUUGUUCCUAGUAUAUCAGUAGGUAUUUAUGGAAAGCGCAGUCUUCUCGAUUGAUAUUCUGCCCAGUAAUGUCAUGCGUUAGCCAAUUUUAAAACUGCCUGUGAUGAACAGCGUUGCAGAAGUACAUGGAUGCCAGAACAUUCUCAUUGUAAGUAAAGCAAAUGUGUGUCCUCUCUCACCAUUUUCAUUCCUUUUAAAUUUACAGCAACAGAAAAUAUUUAUGCACACUGCCACAAAAAGUCUUACUGUUAAAACCACUGCAGAUCCGUUUCGGAAAUGCAAAAUUAAGACGUGGCAUACAACGCCAGAGCGAAAGGGAGGGGGAUACUUGUAUGGAGGAAAGGAAGACUGUGACACACUGCCAGUUGUCAUUCAAUGUGUCCAAUUAAAAGUAUUUUAUAAAA